AUGCUAAGGCUGGAUCAGUCGGAUUUACUCUUCUACUGUCCGACACCUAAGGAAGCAGCUGCAGAUCGAGACAAGUUGAUGCGAUUAAUGAUGGUGGCCAUCAAGGGAUCGAUCGCACCUAUGAUCGGAUCCGCGAUCAUUUCCACUGGAGAGGGCUAUACAAGAGUGACAGCGAUAUGCAAAGGACGCCCCCGGAUCCAGGGCGAGUCACCUGGUAACCUUCAGGCGAAAUAUCCAUUCCUGAUCAUUGCCAUGGAUCACAUACCUUCAUUGCCUGGAUCCUUCAACGGCAACACUGAAUUGCUGAUCUUCGUGGAUCCAUUUGAUACGAAGUGA